ACUGUUUCAAAUUAGGGUAAGAACAAGAGCAUCCAUUUGCCCUAGUUCUCUGCUCAACACAAAUUUCGCAAUGAAGAAGAAAAUGAAGCUGAAGGGCUCUUAUUAUUCUUCACUCCCCCAAAGGGUUACCCAAAACUUAACUGAGGAUAUCUUGUUUGAGAUUUUACUUCAUCUUCUUCUUAUUGAUACCUUCAAAUUUCACUGUGUUUCAAAGGUAUGGUUUUCUCUUCUCUCAAAUCCCAAUUUCUUAAGACAAUGGUAUAAACUCAACGGCUUAAAUAAGUCUCUACCAUGGGGAUUAGUUUAUACUAUUAUGUCCCAUAAUUACCGGCUGAGAAGUAAGUUUACAAUUGCAUGUCCUGAGUUGCAUUCACGAUUUAUAACCGGUCAUCGAAAUGAGUUUUCACUUAGGUUCUUGUAUGAAAGACUAAAUUCCAGAAAAGAUGGAUUAUACCUUAUAUGUUCAAGUAAUGGGUUGGUUCUCUGCACAACAACCAAUUUUAAUCCGAUGAGUUAUUAUGUUUGCAAUCCACUCACUAAGAAAUGGGUUUCGCUUCCUCCACCACCACCACCAAGAGAAAAAAAUUGGGUUGUGACUGGUUUCCAUUGUGACGUUUGUUCUUCAUCAUCAGUCAUUUCUACUAGUUACCAGGUUUUUCGUAUACCCAAGUUUGAACCAGCAAAACAGUUUAAAGUUGAAAUUUUUUCUUCUGAUUCGGGUGAAUGGAACACCCGUCAAGUUUCAAGUCCUAAAGACAUUACUUGGGAUUACUCCAGUUAUAACAAUGUCGUUACCCAUAAUGGUGUUUUGUAUUGGAUCCAAAAGCAAAACAGGAUUCUAGCUUACAAUUUCAAGAACAGCAGCAAUGGUGAGUGUUGCGGUAAUCAUUGUAGAUUGAUUGACUUGCCUGAUGUGGAGUCAACAGAGAAUGAACCAGAUAAUGAUGAUUUUUACUAUAGUAGACAGUGUCUUGGGGUGUCGGAAGGGAUGAUCUGUUACGGUAGAAUUACGAGAAUGGACAUGACUUCGGGUGUUUGGGUGCUCGACGAGGAAUGGAAAUUGUUACACAAGGGUGAAAUACCUCAUGACAUGUUGGCAGAAAUCGAGUCUCGGUUGACUGGUGGAUAUAUCUGUGAUACUAUUACACAAGUCCAGUUUUUAGGUUUCAACCCAGUCGACCAAAAUGUGGUUGUACUUGGUCCCAAGAAUAACGUUUGGUCUUACAAUAUCAGCACUCAGGGGUAUCAACAGCUCUCUCAUCCUUCUUUUUUGGCUACCUAUCAUUCCUCCCGUAGUCAGAUGUGGCUUACUUUCGCAUUUUCCCUGAAGCCUUGGCCAACAAUACUUCCACCAGCCUCUUGGAGAUAGACACAUUUAUGGAUCUUGGAUGUUGGAAUAUUCAAUAGAGAACAGAAAGAUGAAGAUAUAGUAGGAUAUAUUCGCAGAACCCAUUUUCGCCUUUUAAGUUGGAUGUUACUCUGCGGGUUUUCUUGUUCAACAGUUGAAUGGUGGCCAUGAACUUGCAGUGUCCUGGCAUGUCACUUGGUUGUUUCGUAAGUAUGCUAUAACAGGUUUUGGCUUUUGAAAAAGAGAUUCUGUAGUUGGAGGAAUUUAUUUUUCUAUCACUUUCAUCAGAAUCCAGAUGCAUAAGAAGUUUAUAAGUUACUAUCAUAUUCAAGGAGAUAGAAGAUCGGAAGUUUGAAAUU